AUGGACACAUCAGGGUCAGGGACCUCAAGUGCGCUGGUACGCAAGCGGACAGACACAGACUUGAUGCCCCCGCCCCCUCAAGUCAAAAAGAUAAAGCGACCCAAGAAGGUACUUGACGAAGAUACCUACACAGAAGCACUAUCACAAAUCAUCGCCCGGGACUUCUUCCCAGGACUCCUUCAAACUGAGAUACAGCAAGAAUAUCUGGAUGCCCUUGAGUCAAAGGAUUCUGCCUGGAUCUCAAGUGCGGGCCGAAGACUUCAGCAUGUUAUGACACCUGGACGCCGAAAUGCACCUCUCUCAUCACAACUGAAUUCUUUCACUGCCGGUGACAGGACACCUUCGACAUAUGGCGGUGAUACGCCAGCUUCAGUUACCUCUGAUGUUCCGGACCCCCAACCAAGGCUAGGGGCCAACAUGAGCCUAACAAAAUUUCAAGCUACUUACACAAGUGAGGAUAAUGAAAGCUUUUAUAAGCUAGUCGACAAACAGAAUCAGAAAAAGGCGGACAAAUAUGCCUGGCUUUGGCGUGGUAACAAACUACCAUCAAAGCAAAUGAUCAAACAGAAAGAGGUUGAAGAUCGACUGAGCCAAACCCGAAGCCUCAUAGAUGACGGAUUCAAGAAGGACCUGCUGGCCAUCAAGGACAAAGAUGACCGUCCAGCUCGCCCGGAUUCCUGGAAUGCCAACCCUCGAAACGGUUUGAUGUUCAGACCUGACGGGUUAGAGGAUGGUGUCCUCACCGUUUCUCAGAAGGCCGAAGAAUCUUCAAGGAUGGCUCCAAAGUCCAUAGUCUACGAGAACACGAGAAUGCCACAACCGCGUAUCACACCGAGGCCGCCAUCUCCGACCAUGUCAGCGGUGCGAGACGCCAUUGCCGGCAAGCCUCGGAAAGAUGACCGAGACUCUAGCAUCGUUAGCGGAGGCGAGACACCAAGAGUUAAUGGGUAUGCAUUUGUGGACGAUGAGGAUGAUGAAGAUGAGCCAAUCCUCCCUGCUCCUAUUAUCAACCUAGGCCCGGGAGAUGCAGCUCCAAACCCUUUCCGCCUGCAAGAGCAACGCGACAGAGAGAGUCUACAUGAACGCAUGGUGGAGAGGAUAUCUCAGUCGAAGAAGGAAUCCUCAAGGAAUGGACUUACAGGGAGAGUUGACAAGACGCCGGUUCCAAAAUUUCCGAGUAGUCCUCGGGUCAACGGUGGACUUACACCUGCAGCACAAAGGCUUUGGAGUAAGGUUGGCACCCCUGGACGAGGAUCAAGUGGGAGCUCAUUUGGAAAUUCCAAACCCAUGACUCCCAGAGGAUCACUUUUGAGAUCAGUGAGAAGACCUGGCUCAACAUCUGGAAAGAAGUAA